UUUUAGUAAGUCUUUAUAUAACAUUACAUUUUGCAGAGAACCCCCUGUAUUUAUUAGAUUUGCAUCCGCUGUCCUUGUAGUCUUAUCCAUUUCUCUGGCGACGGCGACGACGAUGGCUUGAGGGCUCCAGGGACGGCGCAGCGAGGAGGGGCAGGUGCUGCGGAGACGGCGCGGCGAGGUGGGGCAGUGGCGGUUGUGCGGCGAGGUGGGGAAGGUGCUGCGAAGACGGCGCGCGGCGAGGCGGGGCAGUGGCGUCGCGGGGGAGGAUGGAGGACGCCGGAGUAGAGGACAAUAGCUCCCGCCAUCGCUGCUGUCCACGCAUGCCCGUGUGCUCGCCUCCGUCCGCGCCCGCGCCAGAGCCCAGGAAUGGGGAACGGGGCGAGGCAUUGCGGCGGAGGACGAUAAAGCGGCCGGCGUGCUCGCUUUGGGCAAGGCGUCGCGGCGGAGGACGACAUGGCCGUCGGCGUGCUUGCUUGGAAGGAUGGAGGCCGCCUCGCCCGGGCGCGGGCGCGGCAGCACGGCGUCGGGCCGUUGACGGUGGUGCCUGGGUCGGGGCAGUGGUUUGACGGGCAACACGAAGGAGGUGAUGUCCUGGCGUCAGCGACCAAUGCAGGUUUCCCGUACUCCAUAAGCCGUCGUACAAUCUCGCUGUUCUACCAACAUCAAUGGACCACCCAUGCUCCAUGUGAGACGAUAGCGUCUCAAAGUGGACUUUUCGAUCAUUUGAUAAACGUUUGGAAAUUCAAGCCUGGUCCUGUUCUGCAACCUAUGACGUUUACUUCUUAGUGGACUUUAAGUUUCAGUCACCCAAUAUCGUCAUGUAAUAUAACAAGGCUAUUGUUUUGAUCAUAAUCAAGCAUGUCUGCUUAUCGGAAAGUUAACCUUUCUCACCCUGCAGGCAAUUGCUACCAUUAUUGCUUAGAAGGGGCAGCUUAGUGAUACAAUCUCUUGACUAUAGGGCAGUUAGUGAUUGCCAUAUUUGUUGAAUUAAACUUUCACCUAUUAGAUCAGUUUACACACAUUGAAGUCUACUUAGUGUACCUCUAAGGUUGUCCUUCUGCAAAGGUAUAUCACCUACAUAUGAUCUGAUUUUUUUCUUCUAGACCCCCUUGUGUGUGUGUAUAUGACAGACAUUGUCUUUCUGAUUUAUUUUUCCAGUACAUGAUUUUGGAGAAGUUUUUGAAUCCAUGCCUUUUUGCUAUACUAUUUUUUGGGGUAAUGCAAUAGAAGUUAUAUAACUACACUUAAGUAGUUGAUUUAUCUGGCAAUACAUUGUCACGAUGAUAGCUCUAACCUCUAUGCCGACAAUCUGAAAAAUCUAGCAUUAUCCUUUACUAAUUUUAAAUGUUAUUUUGGUGAUUGUUUCUCGGAGGUAGCACACUUUGCUUCAGUAGGAAGCAGAUGAAUGAGACAUUUUCAUUGUUUUCUAUUCCAUUGUUAUGUACACACACACACGAGUGGUGCAUAAAUGUUUUAUUGCUAUUUAUCCUUUCAUGAGCUGGAUGUGCCAUUGAUGGCGAUGGCGAGCUUGGAUUAGUUGGAUUCAGAAGGUUGAGACAAUGGAUGGUACGGAAACAUUUUUAUUAGAAAAAUAGCAGAUGAUAUGCAUGCUGAUUCUCCGGUUCUGAAGAUAUAUAUUUGACACAGUACAUGCUUAAGUAUAUAUGCACAUUCGACUUUCACUAUUGUAAAAAAGUUUAUCACAUCAAAUUGUAUUUCAGCAAAGUUUCAGUUGGCUCUCAUCAAUGAGCUAAUUCUAUAAAAAAAAUCCACAAAAUAACUUAUAAUGAACUUUCUUAGUAGUACUUUAUAUGUCAGGUGCAAUGAGAUAGUUUAUUCCUAUGCAACCUCCUCUCUGUUGCAUUUCCUGAUUUUGUUUUUCUCUCCAUUUUUUCAAGUUCCAAGGUUUGGCCACAAUAUUUGGAGACAUUUCCUGCUAGGAGUUAAGCUUUGGUUUGGAGGCAUUGAACUUUGGCUGUAAAUAACUAACUUUGUUAAUUGGUAUACUUCUACCACACCACACUGGUUAAUCUGGAAUUUCCUUCAGGACCAAAUGUACCAAAUCCUGCUUUGAGUGGAGAUCUGAUCAUUCCUAUAUUGUUAGAUUUGACUUUAAUCUAGGUGUUGCUCCGCGUGUAUCUCGGCAUAAAUGGUUCAUCAUACUAUGAUCUAAUGUAGUGAUUUUAAUUAUGUUACUUCUUGGUGAAUAUGCAUUACAUUGUAUUUUCAUGGAAGCCUUUUCUUUCCUCUCUAAUCAUACUACUGCUCUUAUCCUUGCCUCUAUAUGAACCUAGAAAUAUUAUGGCUGACAUAGUGAUACUCUCCCUCAGGGACAUCCCGACACAUGAUGCUCCAUCAACAACUUCAGAAUAUGAUGUUGAUCCUCAACCUGCAACUUUGUAGCCACACUGCCUUUUGUUUUAUGUAGAAAAUUAACAGAUUUUGUUAUGUGUUUCAACAUGAGCUAAUAAUUAGAAAUAAUAGAUUUUGUUAAUUAUGAGAUUGGUCCUUCAA